CAAGAGGGAUGCCGGGGCAGCCCCAAUUCCUUGCAGGACAGCCCCCCUUCCUGCUUCUCUCAGGAGGAAUGCCAGGGACACCCCUCUUUUCCCAAGCCCCUCACAGGAUUGAUGGCGGAGACGCCUUCCCCCAGCUCCUGGCAGGAGACAUUCCUGCGCACCUCUAAAUUCUUGCAAAGAGGGACCUCCCGUCCCCCAUGGUGGUCUGAGGCCAGAGAAAGGGGGCUGGAAGAUGGGACCAGGGCCCCCCGCAUUCCCUCUGCUGCAGCACUGAGGGACCCCCCCGCCUUCCCUGGCGCCGCCGGGACCGCAGCUGCCAGGCUGGCGUGUCCCCAGCAUCCCUGCCCGCUGCGUGCCACCACGCGUGGCGGAGCGUGACUCCGAGCACGAGCUCGGCCCCCGGCCCCUGAGGACGAGGGGGGGGAAGCUGACGGCAAACCCCGAACCCUGGAAAUUUCCGUGGGGAGCCAGAAAUCGGGGUGACCGUAUCCCGUGGUCCUGCUGGGAAUGCGCGGGAGUAGGCAGGGGCGAGCGGGACAGCCCGGAGCAUCCCCAUGGAGCGCGCGUUGGGUGCUUUGUGCGGGAGGCGUGGAGGCAGCGGGACUCCGGGAAGCAUGGAGAUGGUGCAGGCGAAGGCAUAUUUGCGGCAUGCCAGUACCCUCCAUCCCGUCUGGCACCGGGGGGGAUCUGCGUCAGCGUCCCGGGUGGUCUCGCUCGGGCAUGACCGAGGGGAUGGAGGAAGCGGAAAGGAUGGAGGCAGCGACCCUCGAAACCCAAGAUACGAUGCAGGGAAGGACGGCUUCAUUGACCUGAUGGAGCUGAAGCUGAUGAUGGAGAAGCUGGGGGCUCCACAGACACACCUGGGCCUGAAGAACAUGAUCAAGGAGGUGGAUGAAGACCUGGACAGCAAGCUCAGCUUUCGAGAGUUCCUGCUGAUUUUCCGGAAGGCAGCAGCAGGAGAGCUGCAGGAGGACAGCGGGUUGCACGCCCUGGCCCGGCUCUCCGAGAUCGACGUCUCCACGGAGGGGGUGAAAGGCGCCAAGAACUUCUUCGAGGCCAAGGCACAAGCCAUCAACGAAGCCAGCCGCUUUGAGGAGGAGAUCAGGGCGGAGCAGGAGGAGAAGAAGAAGCAGGCGGAGGAGCUGAAGCAGAGGAAGGCGGCCUUCAAGGAGCUGCAGUCCACCUUCACGCAGUGACGGGGCUGGGCAGGACUGGUCAGCGGUGCCCGGGCUGGGAACGCUGCAUGUGCCACAUGAUAACCGUGCCGGGAGCGAUGCCAGAGCCACGUGCUGCUCCGGCUGCCAACGAGAUCCCGGCGCGGGCUCGGCACAGCGCCCACCUUGCUGGCAGAGCCCGGUCGGCCCCAGCUCCCCCCUCCCCUCUUGCUGUGGUGUCUGUAGGUGUUGUUCGUGCCCCCCCAUCCCCAGCAUGCCCCCCACCCUGAGCAGCCCCUGUUCCAUGCCCGCAGCUGCACCGGGGGUUGCUGCUGCUGAGUCUCAGGGGAGCCGUGUCCGGAAUGCCCGUCCCUGGGACACCUGUGCCUGGACUGUUGUCUGUUGUGUGUGCACUGGGAAGUUUGCAGGAUGGGGGCUUGCCCAGGUGGCCGUGGUGGGUGUUGUGGUGGCCGCACUGGCUCAGUGUCUGUCGGUAUUGCCACGUGUCACGGAUGACAAAGGCCGUGGCGAGUGCUGGGUGCUGGCAGACGGGCUCUGUGUGUGUGUGUGUGUGUGUGUGUAUGUGUGUGGUGCUGGGGGGUGGGUGCCCACCCUGCUGGCAUGGAGCCCCCAGGAGCUGUGUCUCUCUUUGUUUUGGUCGAAGACAUGCAGAAAGGCAGCUGCUGGCUUGUGGGGCUGUAUUAUGUUUUUUCAUGUUGUAUUCAGCCUGGGAGGGUGAGCAUGGUGGCCACAAGUGGUUGCCAUCAUCAUCAUUGAGGCUCCUCUGUUGGUGGGUGGCUGUAAAGACCCACAUUUGUCCCACACUGUCCCCCGAGUGGCAAUAUAGGGGGUGUGUUAUGUUUUUUUUAAUUUAAUCCCAAAUAAAUAUUAUAUUUCUUAA